AUGGCCUGUUACCUCACUAUACUGGAAAUGGUCUUUGUUGUCAUUAUAGAACCAAAACUGCACAGACCAGGCAGAUAAGAGUCUGCAGCUGACUGCAAGGGUUGAAUUUGCAUUUAGUGGCUUUUCAUUUUCCAGGAGUUCCAAGGAGUUGUCGAUGCAAAUGAAGAAGGCCAUCAUUUGACUGAGAAAACAAAAGAAACCUAUCAGAGAGAUUUCAAAAACACUACGAGUGGCCAAAUCAGCAAUUUGGUACAUUCUUAACAAGAAGGAGUAAAACCAAGAGACCUGCAAGACCACUGAAGACGAGGAAAGUGAUGAUUGCAGAAUUAUUCUGAUGGUGAAGAGAAAAAAAACCCUCUCAACAUCCAGUUAAGUCAAGAACACACACAGGGAGGUGGACGUGUCAUUGCUAAAGUCUACUAUCAGGAAUGUAAAUAGAGAGGGUUUACAACAAGGCUAGUAAAAGAUUCUCUGGACUGAUGAAACAAAACUGAGCUUGUAUCAGAACGAUGGGAAGAGAAAAGUAUGCAGAAGUAAGUAGUAGUAUGUAAGUAGUAUUUAAGAACAUUAUAAAAUGUGUAGGUGUCACAUUUAUUGUCAUUUCUUUUGCUUCUGUAAGUUUUAAAAGUGCAUUUUGGAAAAUCUACAUACCAGGCACAGAUGAGAUCACAACAUUUGAUUAAGCACAAAGAGUUUGUGUGUUGGCACAGGGGCUGUUCUACAGGGGGCCCAACAGGAAACCCGUUCUACAGACAAAUUAAAAUUAAAGUCAAAAUGAAAUCAAAACUAAACCACAACUGACAUCUGCUCAGUCUGCUCACUCACAUCUGUACGUUCACAGUUUGUGGCACGCACACAUUUUAUUUUACAACUUCUGUUUCCCUCUCUCUCCUCCUCUGGUUGUGCCCACACAGCACUAACGUCAGGAUGUUGGAAGAAUCUAAACGUCGCCGACAUUCACCACGUGUAUGAAUAUUCAUCGCAGCUCAAAUAUUUCAAUUUGGGAGUAAAUUACGGAAAUUCUUUGCAGGAUGUGGGUCGCCUGGUGCAACUGGCACAAAAUGAGCAUCUCCUUGUGUCAUGUUCACUGUGAACACAGCUUUCAAAUCUAUGGUUCAUCCAUAGAUGGAUCUGCUCAGUUCCAAACACUUAAAUGAACUCCUGUGACAGUCUGCCCCCUCCUGGUGAAGUUGGUCCAGGACCACUCACUCACUCACUCACUCACUGUUACCACUGUAUCCUCCACAUGAGGGUCGUGUGUGUUUGUCAAACUCCUCUCACCUUUUCGUCCUCUGUCCACUCAGGAGUCCUGUGUCUCCUGGAGCAUGAUGAGGAGUACGUCUUCACGUUGCCUUGUGCCUACGCCCGCUCCAUCCUCACCGUUCCCUGGGUGGAGCUGGGGGGCAAAGUGUCCAUCAGCUGCGUCAAGAGCGGCUACUCGGCCACCGUCACCUUCCACACCAAGCCAUUCUACGGAGGGAAGGUGCACAGAGUGACGGCGGAGGUCAAACACAACCCGACCAACACCAUUGUGUGUAAAGCACAGGGUGAGUGGAACGGCACGCUGGAGUUCACCUACAGCAGCGGGGAAACCAAGGUGAUCGACACCACCAAGCUCCCAGUCACCAGGAAGAAACUCCGACCGGAGGAGCGACAGGGCUGGACAGAGUCCAGGUUGUUAUGGCAACACGUCACCAAAUCCCUGAAGGAAGGAAACAUCGAUGAGGCCACGGAGCACAAACACAAGCUGGAGGAGCGACAGAGAGCGGAGGAGAGGAAGAGGACGGCUGAUAAUAAACCCUGGACACCCAAAUACUUCACUAAAGAGGGCGACGGUUGGAUCUACAACAACCCACUGUGGAAGUCGACCUGACGGCAGAGCGACUCCGCGCCCCCGACGACCGAGACCCCGCCUCCGCGCGCCGAGGACGGGGGUCAGGGGGUCAGAGUGGAAGGCAGCGGUGUCUUCCACUGACCUUCAGACUCAAACUACCAACUCUUAUGGGACACACUCUUCAAAGAAGCAAAAGGUGCCAAAGGGAUGUCCACUGUUAUGAACCAAGACCUUGGGACAGAAGUACAUUUUUAUAUACAGUUAAUAGUAUUACUAUUCAAAGUAGAGUAUUUCUAUUUUUCACCUUGCCAAGGCCUUUUUUGCACAUGCACAGUAAUGACAUUAACCACCGGUUUGAUCUUUUCUUUUCUCAUGUUUUGGUUCAAAGCUUUCCGUUUGUCACGCAGCAUUCGUACGAGUCAAUGGACGUUAAUGUUAAUGAAUACACAUUAUAUGGAAGUAUGUACUAUAAUACGUCGUUUAUAAAGCACUUUUACCAUAGAAAUUAUUUACUAUUUUAUAUCUAUGGCUUUUACCAAUCAGGGUCGUCUCUAAGAGCUUUAAGGGAGAUUAAAAAUAACACCUGAGCAGAUUUAAUAUGAUACUCUUAUUAGAUGAUGUGUUUAUGUUAUUAUACAGUACAGAACGAUGAGCUACUCGAAGGUAAGAGGUCCUGAUUGUUUAGUCUGCACUAUGAAUGUAUGUGAUAGUACGCUACAUUACCAUCUUGCACCGCGUGCACCACGACGCGCUCUUUGUUUUACCCGUUCUACGUCGUUACCGUUGACACCGCGUCACCCACCGAGUGAGACGCCUCCCCAUCCCAUUACUACCUCUCUCAUUCAGACAUUCAAGCCAUUAGGCACUUUUUCCGUCUCCCCUCUCCAGAUAAAAACGCCGGGUUUGUUUGUGGUGAAUUGUUCUAGGGCGUCUUCUAAUUGUUUCCCUAUCUGUGCCCUCACAGUGGCACUUGUGUAAUUAAGCAGCCGCCGCACACGCAGUUAAUGCUUCUCCUUAGGUCGCCCCUGGUGAUGAAUAUGGAUGAGGCUCGCUCUCAUAUCUGUGUGUUGCUGGAAGGUUCCCUCUGUGAAGACGAGAGGAAUCUACCAGAAUAGCAAUCACAGGGAGCAGCAGCAGCGGGAGAGGAAAUGCAACCGUCACGCAACUGUAGUUUUCACCGUUUUACAGUAAACAUUUGAUGCAUUUUGUUGACAAUGUCCACAUUGAAUUGUUUCCCUAAAACGAAGCAAGUUGAGAAAAUGUCAGUAUAUUCACUUCAUCUUGUUCUCUGCUGAAAAUGUGUUUUUAUGGCCUUUUAGUGUUUCUUAUUUGUCAUGAACAGACAUUUUACAUUUAAACUCCUGCCACUUGUUUCAAUUAAAGUUACUGAUGUAUUGUAAUAUUGGUAUUUUGAACCAAGGGAAUUUACCAGAUGCCAGUUUGUAGCCUAUAAGCCAUAACAGUACAUGGCAUAUUCUAUUACAUUCUAUUCUAUUCUAUUCUAUUCUAUACUGCAGAAGAGAAUGAACCUGCAACCAGUGAGAAAACUAACUGUCACCCGUUACUUUACCACAGUUUGUUCCUGUUUUAUUACACUCGCCUUACAUACAACUAACUAAGUUUUCUAAGUCCACAAGGAUCCAGACUCACCCGAGUGGACAGUGAUUGUGGAUUAACGAAGGACUGACUGUGAAUAAAGACCUUGUACGUUUUUAAAAAUGA